AUGGCUUUGGCCCAGCAAGAAACCAAGAUGUUGUUCUCUCAAUCAUUGAGCUGGGGAUGUUGGUCGUCCAUUAUCCUCUCAUCGCUCAUUCUUCAGCAGCUGAUGCGAAGAAUUCGCCAUAUUCGAACUUCCUCCAGAAGCACACUGAGCCUGCGUACUAUUCGACAUAUUAUAUUCCCAGUUGGUUUCUUGAUCAUCCAACUCACAGCGGUCUGGAGGGUUUGGUCUGUGCCUCGGUUUCAUGAAAGGCUCUUCAUUUGCGCUGCGAUAAUAUCGCUUCUUGCAUCAGCUGGGAUUCUUGUCGGCGUGUUUCUCGAACCAAGAUUACAGCCAACCCAAACUUUAGCCGUGUAUCUCGCCCUUGCGCUAGUCCGAGACCUCGUCGCGCUCACGUCCGGAAUAAGUGACCCCUAUGAGGACAGUGAUCACCUGGUUAAAUUGAGAGCAUGCUGGGAAGGUGCUUGGUUGGUCUUUCAUUUGCUGAGCCAUGGUCAAACUUCCGAAGAAUGUCCAACUUCUGAAGAAGCAGCUGGGCUUUUCAGUAAAAUCCUUUUCCUUUGGGUUUUACCUGUGCUCAAAGAAGGUUAUAAAGCUACUUUGUCACUUUACAAACUGCCUGAAAUCCACUCAAGUCUACGGUCCGAGGCUCUGCGGGAAAAGGUUUUGGGCGCAUGGACGGCACGAGGUAAGGGACCUCGCUCUGUCCGCUUAUGA